UUGAAAUUUACUCUCCAGAGCAGUACUAUACAAUAGUACGAGCAGUAAAGAAAACUUCAACACCAUAUAAAGUUGUCGAAAUGUCGCAAGCAGACAUUUAUGACUUCAAAGAUCUGGCCAGAAAGAUGAAGAACUUUACCAUUGCAGAGACUGGGGAGAGGGUGAAUUGGCUCGAGGUCAAUGAAAUCGCCAUAUCAAAAGACCGGCCGUACAUAGUUGACUUCAAGUAUGAUCACACAUCCGAUGUAACAACUCAACUUGACCUCCAAAGAAAAAACAGGAGAAAACCCAAUCUAAAAACAUAUGAUUUGAAACCUUUAUAUGAAGGAAGCCUGCGCUUGAAAAAGGAGACCAAAAAUGACUUGAUGGACUUAGUAAACAAGGGCAUAAUACCAUCAUUUUACCAUGAUGCAUAUAAAAACCUCCCUGUUAAAAUUGUUGACCAAUAUGGCAGCACUGAAGAGAGUGAUUCUGAAUCAGACUAAUGUCACAAAUUAUAACACUAAAAUACCUAAAUCACUUCAUUUUUGUAACAUUUUUGAAUAAUCACACCAUUACAUGAUUG